AACGUCACUUGUGACGUCAUCGGCUAAUGGCGCUCCUCUCUCUUUAAAAGCAUCUCUAAAGUCCUCUCCUAACUUCUUCCUGCUUCCACACUAAUUUGGUGCCGGAUUUAAUUUUUUAUUACCAGUAUAUAAUAUAUAUAUAGAUAUAUUAUAUUAUCAGGACAUUUCCAUUUCCUCAGUCUCUUUCACCUUCCCCCUUUAAAAAAAGAAGAAAAAUAAUAACAAACCAAAGGUGUUGGUAAUCUAAUGUGAAUACAGGACAAACUGCAAAAAGGGGGGGAAAGAACCAAAAAAAACUCCGUAAACAGAACUGAAAUGGUUUUUAUUGAAGAACAGUUUUGGAAACGUCUAAUCAAUUGAACAGACAUCCAUCUUUACAGGCACAUACACACAAUCUGUCUGUGGAUAUUUACUUGAAUAGCUCAGUCAACUGUCCACCGCCAACUUACCUACCUAUUUACUACCACUUAAGCCACAACCAGAUAAAAUACACGACCACCACCAAGAGCAACUUCCCAUUUCCUUUCCCACAAUUACCACUGCCUAUUUUUCAACCCCUUGCUGGCUGUGGGACUGAAGUCAACAAACUUUAAUUUGAUUUAAUUUAAUAUUGUUAAUUAUUUAAGAAAUCUAUUUUAUUGAAUAAUUUUUUUUUGUAAUUUAAAGAAAAUAGUGAUUUAGAUUACUUGACAUUAUCAGAGAUUAAUUAAGUGCCAGUAAUAGUAUUAUAUUAUUUAAUGAUUACCCAAGUGUUUCUGGCUCUUUUGCAAACUACAUUCAAAAGUUUUUAUCUUGAAUUUCACAAUCUGAUGUUUCAGUCAGUGUUAGUAGUGUUAGAUUUUUUUAUUUUACCUUAGUAUCCACUUUUUUAACCAACAUUCACCCCCAAUAUCCGGCCAAUUUCUCGAUCCCUCGAGAAGCAUUCCUUGCCAAUUCACACACACACACACACACACGUGUAGUAGCUAGCUAGUCGUGCAGCCAGCCUGCUUGUGUUGCUGUAUCCAUGUCUGGAGAACAUAAGACUGUGAUACAAAAGACAAACAGCUCGAAAUAUGUGAAGCUAAAUGUCGGCGGUAAACUCUUCCUGACCACAAUAGAGACACUCACCAAACAUGAUACGAUGCUACGGGCCAUGUUCUCUGGCAGGAUGGAAGUUCUUACAGACUCUGAUGGUUGGAUCUUGAUAGAUCGCAGUGGAAAACAUUUUGAUACAAUUCUGAACUUCCUGCGGGACAACCACACAACCCUGCCAGACACAGAAAUUGGACUGAUGGAGUUAGAGGCAGAGGCCCGUUACUACAUUGUACAAGACCUCGUUAACAUCAUCGAACCAGCUCUAAAGAAGAAGAGAGAGGUGCAGCCAAGCUGCCAGGUCCCGUUGCUCACAUCAACAGAGGAGGAACAGAACCUGUUUGCCAACACACACAAGCCUGUGAUCAAACUCAGCUGUAAUCGUCACAAUAACAAGUAUUCAUACACAAAUAACUCAGAUGAUAACUUUCUGAAGAAUAUCGAGCUCUUUGACAAGCUGUCACUUCAGUUCAGCAACCGUUUGUUGCUCAUCAAGGAUGUCAUUGGCACCGUUGAAAUAUGUUGCUGGUACUUCUACAGUCGCUCCCAGAAGGUUGGCGAAGUCUGCUGUACAUCAAUAGUAUAUGGUACUGACAAAAAACACACCAAGGUUGAUUAUCCGGAAGCAAGGAUCUUUGAGGAAACUUUAAAUGUUUUGUGUUAUGAAAAUGUCGAUAUAAAACCUGACAAGGACUUUGUUAUGCCGUCACGCAGUGGCUCAAUGGCGACCGUCUAUCACAGCGAUGAAGACUUAGAAGAGAGGCUGGACAGGCACAGGCUUCGGAAGAAAUAGUACUCACUUGAACUGCCUUUACAAACCAAAAUCGACGGAUGGAUGGAUGCAGGGAGAUGAUAUCGAGGGAGACACAGACAGAGAUGCACAUACAGAAAUAUUACAGUUGAUGCAAAAAAGUUGAUGUAAGAAUGGAGCAGUGAAGAUUUUAAACAAACAAACAAACAAACAAAAAAAAAACUACAACCAAAAAUAUGAAAAAUAAAAAUAAAAACAGAAAAUAAAGUUUUGAGAUGUUUCAA